AUGAACGGAUUCAAGGACAACGUCUGGAAGGAGAUGGAUAAAAUUGAAAGCAUCGAACUGGUCCUCGAGGACUUCGGAACCAUGCAAGUCAUCAACCGCUUUAAGGGACUUAAGUCAUUAACUCUUAUCAAUUGCGGUAUCGCAGUCAUCGAUGUGAUUGAGAAUUUGGAUGGCCUCACCAGUUUGAAACAGCUUUGGAUUGCAGGAAACCAGAUAGACUCUAUCAAGACAAGUCUUGACUCUUUGGUCAAUCUGGCAGAUCUCAACAUCGCUGGCAACAAGAUAUGUAGUUUUAAAGAGGUCCUCAACCUCAACAGACUGCCGAACCUCAAAAUACUCUCUUUUUACGAUCCACACUUUGGAGAAAAUCCCAUCUGCAACCUUUGCAACUACCAGACUUACGUCCUCUACCACCUGCGUAACAUUUGCAAACUGGACACCCUCACCAUCAGCGAAGAAGCCAAAGCAUAUGCUGAGUCUACUCUCAUGCGUAAGAAAAUGUACUAUAACAUGCGCAUAAAGACCAUUGAGCGCACCUUCUCUACACUGGCUAAACUGAUAGAGAAAGCACAGAACAUCAAAUUGGAUGGAAUCAACGAAGAUUUGGCUAACUUGUGCAUAAAGAUCAAUGAUAUCGGCAUGGAUCCAUCUAAAAUAUCAGAGUUGAAGGAAAUCCAUGACUUGAAAAAGGAAGAAAUCAACCACAUUGAAUGCGUGUACGAAUCUGUCAGUAAACGUCUCAGAGAAGUAAAUAAAGUUUCCAUCCGAAAGUUGCUAGCUGAGUUCGAAACUGGUGGUAACAUCAGGCUGGAAGAAGGAAAAGCAAGCGAGAAGUGGUUUGUGAGCUGCGUAGACCUAAUAAAAUCGCGAUUCCACCCUGAAGAUCUCAUGAAGGACGUGAUUAGCGGCAUCAACAUCAAGCGAGUCAUCCGCAUCCAUAACCGCUUCCUCAAGAACAAGUUUGAGGAAAAAAUGGAAGUCCUUGCUGACAUAACUAACAUCAACUCACGCAAGCAGCUUGAAUACCUUUUCUACGGAGUUGAUCCCAACAUUCCAUCAGAACUCGAUCACGUCAUCUAAGAGGGAUUCAGACAGCCAGAUUAAGCUAAGAAGCUUGGCAUUUGCCCCUUUGUUCCUCUUUUUAACUCUAUCUUAUGUGCAGAUCUUCCAAGAAUCACGCAUUAUCUUGAUCACCAGAAAGUCAACAACAAGCUUGGCAAAAGUAUAUUUCUCUAUAUAGAUUUCAUAAAGAAGCGCAAUCUUGGCAAUCUAUGCUUGCUGCCCACUGGCUCCAUCCUUAUCUGCAAGGUCUUGAUGGUAAAAGAGGAAAUUGACGCUAAUUGCCCUUACUUUACCCCCAGUGUGCCUCCUUCAGAACUCUUCAGAACAGGCAAGGUCGACUUUCCUGAGGGACACUAUGCAGUCAGACGCGGUCUUGAGAGUGAAGCCCGUUAGAAGAUGUGGUUUGUGAUGGAUAACAACCUAGUCAUUCCAGAAUAUCUCGUUGAAUACGAUUAUGUCUUGGAUAAUCCCAACCAAAACAAAGUUGCUGAUUUCGGAGACACAGUGGGCCUGCUGUAAACUAAGGACGAUGAAUUUAUCUCAGCGAAAAACAUCACUACUUACCAGAAGGACCUGAACAACAUCUACAAUGCUUUGGUGGAAUAAAUCAGCGCUUACCAGUUCGAAAGCAUUGACGAGAAGAACAGCGUCAACCUGUAGAUCCAAGCUAACGAGCUUGACAGAUUCGAUUUGGGGACUUUGAAGGUGGGUCUAGUCAACUACUUUAAGUAUUGUCUUAGUCGAUCCAAUCUAUUUUAUGACCUCAACGAGAACUUACUAUUUUAG